AGGUUGCGCUGGACUUCCUCCUAGCGUUGUCGUUGUGUUCCAUCGUCGUGCGGUUCGCUCAGAGAAAUGCGGCGGACAACGUUGCUUUUCUGUUGUGUCUUCGCUUCCGUGUCGGUCGCUAACGCCUUUGAGGAUUCUAAAACUUUGUUCGCCUUCGGUCAAGAUGACGAGGUCCUUGAGGAUACCGCCGAUAAUCUCCAAGAGGUCAAGCUCAGUUUCCCGGUGAACUUCGCGCGGAAGCUGUACGGGACCAUUUUUAUUGGUGAAAAUGGCCUGAUAGGUCUCCGUCAGUUCUCUACCUCUUUCUUCUCACCAUUGAAUCAUAUACAUUCACCGACGAUCGCGCCAUUCUUCGCUGAUAUCGAUGUUGCCACUCAGGGAAAAAUUUAUUAUCGAGAAGAAACAAAGAACACCGAUGAUCUCGAGAGGUUCGAUGAUCUCAUUCGAAAGUACUUCAAAGAAGUCGUCGAGACAAAAUCCCUCAUCGUCGUCACCUGGUACCGCACGGCAGCCAAGGGCAGUGAUGAAUCUCCUCUCAAGCUAGGAUUAUGAUCCGUCAUCUGAUAUCCCCGAAUGGACAAUUCGCAGUACAACACAUUCCAAGUCGCGAUCGGGAGCAGCGAGGGGAAGAGUUUCGUUGCCAUGUCAUACCCUGAAAAGGGAAUACAGUGGGCUGAUUUCGUGACCCAGCCCGGUCGACCGAAGUUUUGGGCUCAAGCAGGACUUUUCGACGGCUAUGGCGGCGGAGUCGCACUACGAGAGUCUGGGGGACCGCGAAUGCUUUCGCUAGACAGGCGGAGCAACACGCUCGAGAAUGGGCUUCACUUGUACAGAGUCGACGGGACCAUUGAAGAACCCGAAUUGCCGUUCCGGAUAGAGAGCAACACGUGUGAAGACAAUAGCGAUCCUUGUCAUCCUGAAGCGGAAUGCCAGGAUGUCGGGUCCCACUUCUGCUGCACUUGUCCAGCGGGCACAAUUGGUAAUGGAUAUUUCUGCGAACCCCUGAAAUCUCAUUUGGCGUUCCACGUGAUAGGAAAACUCGAGGGCACACUCGAUCAGCGUGAGAUCAAGGCAACCGACGUUUACGGCUAUGGAAACUCGACCUCGGGACUUUCUUAUUUUUCCAUCUCAGCAGACCACUUGUUCACAGCGAGGGAACUCCAGGCACUCUAUCCCAUCAGCGGAGGCCUCCAUUGGCUCUUCGGAAAAGUCAACUCUGGAGGGAAUGGUCUGCUCUUGAGUGGAGGAGUUUUCAACCGAACUGUGGAGAUUUCGUUCCCCGGAUACGGCAGCACGAUCCGGAUAGACGAGGAAUAUCAAGGGUUGACUUAUUCGAACACGCUGCAGGCCAGUUUCAAAGUACGGGGUAACCUGCCGAGAAUUCCGACAGUGCCCGAGUACGUGAAUGUAUUCAGUCAAGUAGAGUCUGGAGUUUUCGAGUCGAAAUCCAGUCUCCAAUUCGUAUUGGAAGGUCCUCAAGCUGAAUCAAUCAUCUUCAACGUCGACCAGUCGAUCAGGUUCACAGCGAAUCCGUGUGACGAGGAGCUUCUGGAUACACCUAUCAAGGUUGUUGUCAACCGUGGUACUGUUCGUGUAGACGAUCGAGCACCGCCUGGCAGAGUGAAUAUGCAUGCCGAAGCUGAUUUCAGAAUCGGCAAAUCAGCAUUAGACCCCUGUUUGAACAAAGACUGUGGUGAGGCCGAGUGUGUCCCGAACGGGGACAUCGACUACCGCUGUGUCUGUAACCAAGGAUCGGAGUUUCGGAAUGGACGCUGUGUUCUCGCGAUCCCGCGAACUUGUGCGAGCACAUCGAUCGCCUGCGCACAGAACUCUCAUUGCAUAGAUACGGCUUAUGGCCCCGACUGUCGUUGCAACCAAGGCUUCCAGCACAACGGUCAGUUCUGCGAGCCUAUCCAAACGAUCCAGCAGCCCGGGAGUAUGGAGGACAGAUGCUCCCGUCCGUGUCACCCAAUGGCGUCCUGCGUCAGAGAUGCCCGAGGGGUCUUCGCUUGUCUCUGCAUGCAAGGAACGGUCGGUGACGGCGUUCGUGACUGUCGAACGAUCUCUUGCGAAGAAGAUCCUGGAAAAUGUCCAAGGAACGCUCGUUGCGUAAAUCGAACAUGCGUAUGCGACCGCGGUUACGUCGGAGACGGAACCUCUUGCACUCGACGAACGCUCGACAGCGAUUCUGAUCGAGUUGUGUUCGCUCGCGGAAUGACGAUUCUCCAAGUACCGUCCGUACCUACUCCCGCAUCUACAGCCCGGCUUCUCGGCCUGGGGCUCGACACUUCGGAGAUCGUGGGAGUCGCUGUGGAUUGCGCUCACGAAAAAAUCUACUAUACGGAUACGAUAAACGGGAAAAUUUUCAGAGUUGGAACGGAUGGCAAGCAGCGGGAGGAAGUUGUUUCAGGCCUCAUGAAUCCCGAAGGCAUCGCGGUUGAUUAUAAAUCGGGAAAUAUCUUCUGGGUCGACUCCGGGGCAAAGAAAAUCCAAGUCGCUUCGAUGCAUAACUUCCAGUACACUUACACCAUUGUCGAUGACGACCUCGAUAAACCUCGUGGAAUUGCUGUCCAUCCCAAGAAAGGGAAAGUGUAUUUCUCGGAUAGAAGUCUGGAAUAUCCUCGAAUAGAGUCAGUCUCCAUGGAUGGCAACGACCGAACGACAAUCGUCGGUCACGAGCUAGUCGUCCCGAACAUGUUGGCCGUCGAUGUCGAGUCCGAUGAGUUAUGCUGGACCGACGCCGGACGCAAGACCAUUGAGUGCGUCUCUCUCGACCCGACGGUGGUUCCGACCGUCAGAUCGCGCCGAGUGAUCCACAGCUCAAACGAGUUUGACAGCAAGAUCUUCGGCAUCGCUCUGCACAGACACCGCGUGUAUUGGACCGACUGGAACGUGCCAUAUCUCCAGAUGCUCGAUCGAACGAACGCGACAGAGCUCAGCCCCCGUAAAUAUCCGCAAGCGGGACUCGGCAGCUCGAGAUUAUAUUCAGUCGCAGUGAUCCCCAAACAAUGUCCGCAAAUCAAUACGUCGUGCGAGACGAGGCGAGGGGAUUGCGACUACAUGUGUCUGCCAUCGGACCGAUACGGGAGGAGCUGCGUCUGUCCUGAAAUCCUCCAAAGCACAGGACAGUGCACAUUGACGACACCGUAUCCGCCGACGACUCCUCCGUUCUACACGAAAUAAAGCUCUCUGUACCGAUUAUUUAGGCCAGAUCAACAUCGCAUUCCACAUAUACGAAUGUCUCUUCGCGUCAUGUUCCUCCCGGGAUCAUACAAAAAAAAACAGAUUUAACCCUGAUACGUGGGCACGGGAAGAAAUUGAGGGAGGAACCUCAAGGCUGACGUGACUCCGCACAAUUUUUGAGAAAUGUGCUCAAGAAAGGACCGAGUUCAAAUCCCGAGCUCACGAUCAAUCUGAGCUGCUGAGCGGAACGCGGAAGACAGAAUCCAUCACUCUCCCAACCUUAACGAUCCCUAGUAAUGACGAAUUCAUUCCUUCUCAGGAAUAUACAGUCGCGCUCGUCAGAACAUCAUCGUUGU